AUGAACACACCAGCAAGUAUAAACAUGAAUACAACAGCAAAUAACCUUUCGAAGCUUAUUUUACCAGAAGUGGAAAUAAAUAUUAAUUUAAAUGGAAUAACAAUUUCUAGCGAGCGUUUAUCACCAUCACGUUUUAUUGCAUUCGAUCGGGGAGGAAAAUGUCGUGAGUGUAAAAGUACAGAGGUGGAGGUGGAUUUUAUCGUUACAAAAGAUGGAGUUAAUGUCGAUUGUACACGUAUUUCGUGA